CUCUCUCUCUCUCUCUCUCUCUCUCAGGAAAUUAUCACCGUUUUUCAUUAAAUUAAUUAAGCAACAAAAAUUACGUCUUGUUUACAUGAAGUUGUUUGCUAAAAAGAGUCGAUAGUAUCUGAGCUACAGGCGCCAGAAACCGAGUUUGUGGGAGUUGGUCGCGUUUGGUCAAACAGCAGCUGUGGAACAUUUUAGCUCAAUGUCCCGGAUAAACAGUUGUGAGUGUUGUGUGUUGACACCAACUCCUUACUUCAAAAGGGAAAGUGUGUGUGUUGACAGCGAUGGAGACGGCGUGUGUGUGUGUGUGUGUGUGUUUGUGUGUGUGUGUGAGAGAGAGAGAGAGAGAGAGAGAGAGAGAGAGAGAAACUCGGCGGGAUGCGCCUCUCUCCUUUUCAGUCUCUUAUUGGGAAAGUGUGAGGUCACCAACAAGCCCUUAUUCUCAAUAUGUCCUCCUGUUCAAAUAAGCGUUCAGAAGGGUUUCACUCAUCCACCAUCGACCUUUCAACUUUCCAAGGCUCUAUGGAGAAAGGACUGGGGUUAAGUGUGCUCUCUGUGGCUCUAGAGACCAGUGCCAUAUGUCUAGAACUACAGCUAUGAGACUUAAUGGAAAUGGAAAGCUCCUCCUCACAUUUCCAAAAAAAAAAAAAAAAAAUCUUUAAACUCUUAUAAGAUGACGUUCUCAUUUCCAGAUCAUUGUACAAUUUGUACGAACCCCUUAAACAUAGCCUACAGGACGCAUUCGUGAGACCAGAUUUACGUGUAUGACUUUGUAAGCGCUCGGCUUUUUCUAUUCGUUUCACUACAGUUACUGAAUGCUUUACAACUAAACAAUAAAUCCGAUACCGUAAACGUUUACCACGUACAUCCUAAAUCCCAGUGAAUUAUUUAUCCUUGCAUGCAGUGAAUGCCGAAUGCUUUAGAAAGGGUCCCAGCAGUGUAAAGCGAGGAAUCAGCCUAGUGUGUAUAUUCAUGUUUUUGCAAAUUUGCCCGAAUUCACACAACCAUCUGGUGUCAAAUUUAUCUCAGGUUAGGAUGGUCUGGUGAUAAGGAAGUGUGCAGACGUCGACUAGAGGUCAAGAGGAUUGCAGGGCAGUGAUGGCCUCUCUGGUGCAGCUGUUCACAGACACGCCUCAUCUGGAAAACGUUUAGAACUCUGACGACAUCCGCACACACACUUUGGACACCACAACACACUCCGGCGUAACCAUGUACAGCGUGGAGGACCUCCUUAUCUCUCAUGGAUACAAAAUCGGCAGCAACAACAAUGUCCCUCCAUCGCACUCGUCCUCGUCCCACGAACAGCGGCCACCGACGCGCAGCAACAGUCGGUGUGAAAUCACUGACAAGCGGGCGGGACAUGGUGCAGUGAAUGGCUACAAAGCGGACUGUGUUUAUGGUGGUGGUGUGAAACAGACUUCAUCUCAGGGUGGCCCCAGUGACACAGAGAUCAGGGACAAGAACCAGAGGACAGAGGAGGACAAUGCUAACCUAAUAGAUGGACACUCACCAGGAGGCACCUUGACCAGCGACAGCGGAUUCCAUGAUGCCCACAGAGAAGUGUACACUCAUCCAAGGCCAGAGCAUGAUGUGUCUUACUGGCGGAGACGGGGUCAAGACUUCAACAUGCUCCUGGACUAUGCAGACAUCAGGGAGCCACAGGGGAAACAAUUAGGUGGUCAACAUAAAGCAGAGGGCAUGCAACGAAGGCCAGAGUCAGCAUUAACCACUGAAGAGCAUCGUCGUGAGAGACAACGCAGGGCAGACAGUGCACGUGCCAAAGAGCGUGAACUGGCCCUCUACCAGUGGAAACUGGCAGCAGAGAGGAAGUACCAGAGCCUGGGAACUGAAGAGUGGCGUCCAGCUGUAGGAAUAGUUCGACAUAUGUCUGAAAGUGAAGGUGAAAGAUGGGCACAGGAGCAUCGGCGGCCUCGAACAGCAGAGGGUGCUGUUCCUCCAAGGACCAAAGCCAAAUCCCAGUCCCUUCCUAGAAUGGCCAUACCCUCAGACAGCAUGCAGUACUUAAGCAUGCCAUCCUCUGGCCAAGAUCCCUGUGGAAGCUAUCGAACAAAUGGGCACCAGUCACGGCUACCUCAAGGUCGCAAUUUCAGUGAAGGGGAAAGUAGGGAGCGAUGGACUGACAGUAGCCGGUCAUGUGUACAAUCUGCACCCCCAUCAAAGCCCCGUUUUAGUCGACCUCUUAGACCCCCAUCAUAUGAGGUUCACCAGCAGAUGCGUGGAAGUUCAGAGAUGCUCUCUGGUGAUUUUGUGCCUCACCCCAGAGACAGAACUCCACUGCCUUUUUCUAGACAGGAUUACUUUGCACAGGAACUUGGAGGGUCUGGCAUGGAGCCCCCAGGUUACAUCCCUCCACCAUCAUACAGGAGGCAACCGGUCAUCAGGGGGGGACACAGGACUUAUGCCAAUUCCAUGGGGAACUACCAUUACCGGGGAGACCCAUACAUGCAAGGACCUGCCAUGGCCGAGGUCCAGGAAUGGUUCAUGAGACAGACAGGAAUGGCUUGGCCUGACAAUUACAGGGAUGGGAGGAGGAGUAUGCCCUGUAGGAGACAGCCAUACCCUGGUUAUGGAGAGGAGCACAUAGGGAAUGUUCAGUACAUACCCUUUGAUGACCCAAGACUCAGACAUAUGUCAGGAGGGAGAAUGGAUGGGAACUCAAUGACAGAUGCUGACAAAAUCAGGAAUAUCAGAAAAGACAUCCCCAUCAUCUCCACAUCUGAGAAAUUUCCUGAUGACAGUGCCUUUCUGCUCUCAGGAAAACCAUUCAGCAGCACAGAAGCAAGUAACAGCAAUAUCAGGGAUCGUGUCAAUGAAGCAGUCAUGCACCAGGAGUAUUCAGGAGAGGUGAUCAACUCAAAAUCAACAAAUGAUGAAAACUCCAACAGGUACCCAGCCAGCCCUGACUAUCCAAAUACCUUCCAAACAACAUCGUCACAACAGAAACCUAGCAUAGACCAACGAUUCUGUGAGACAGUAACACAGGUAAAGACGUUUGAAGCGCAAACAGCAGCUGAAAAUAAGAAAAACAAGAAGAAAAUCAAAGAGACUAUGUUCUGCUUAGUGUCAGUUCCAAUAAAUGUGGUAGCCAACAAGGAAGCUACUGAUCCGAAUAACAAUGAAAAAGUAUCAAGUUUAAUAGUAGCACCUACAGAGAAUUCAGUGACCCAGCAUUGUAGCAAAGACAUGCCAAAGAUUGCAAAUAGCAAUGAGCAAUUAAUACAAUCCAGCAGCUCAUUAAACACAAAAAGGACCAAAAAAGCUCCACUUCGGAAAGAGAUCCUAGACAUUUGGUCUCUCCAAGCAAGUGCUGACAAAGAAUUGUGCUAUGCAGGGUCCUGGCCAGGAGAUCAGUAUAGAAAUCAAGAGACUCAGACAGGUUCUCUUGAUGGUUCAAGAAAUACAAAUGCACAAAAUCCUCAAACCCAGGCUCCAUGUGAGCCUCCAUCAUCCACAGACAAUGGGCUGGGCACUGAAUGCAGUGUCAACUACAAGUGUCCCAUAAAAGUCCAAAAGAAUUUCAACCUUUCCAGCAGCAGUGCAUUUUCCCGAACAAAAACAGCUAGCGGCUCAAGUAUAAAAAGCCCAGUUCAAGUCAUAACGACUUCAUCACCACCAUCUCCUGAUCCCCAGCCCCCACUGAGGAAGAGUGCACCCAAACCUCAAGCACUAAAUAGCCAAGAGGUCUUUGGCCAGUUCUUGUUAAAACCUGUGAACAGGCGACCAUGGGAUGCCAUUGGGGAACUUGAGUCUUUUAACAAAGAGCUGCAAGACCAAAACGCCAAACUACAAACCACUGAUCAGGCUAUAGAGGACCUGGAUGAGGCAAUGAGAAACAUUUUAGAGGUAGACAACACAAGCACAGAGUUCAUUAGACCUGAGUUGGUUAUGCAUAGGGUUAAACAGCAACAUACAGAAAGAAGUCCUGAGCAACAGCUAAAGAAUGACAGCUUAGAUUUCAGGUCAGAUUUAAAGCACAGAGGUGUGACUCAAACAGGUAACGAUUUCAGGGAAGUAGGAUGUGCCUUCUCGACACCGACAGGGAGGUUUGUAAAUCCUGACAUACCACCAAGACAAGAGAUGGACACUGGGUUUGUCAAUUACGAGGACUUGAGUAUGAUGCAGGAUGACCCGAGGUUGAACAGGUUGGAUAUUCCAGUGCCAAAGGAAUCGUUACUGAAGGACGUUGGACUUACAGUGUACACAGCAUUCCCAGACUCAGUGAAACUGGGAUCACCUGUAGGUUUAAGUCCUGAGUCUCCAAUGCUGACUAGUCCCUCUGACAACUCAGAAACAUGUGACGCUUUACAGAUCACAUCUUCAGAUAGUGGAGGAGAUCGAAAUAUAAACAGUCCUGACUUUAGGGCAAAUCAUAAGCACUCAAACAGUAAUAUAAGCUUUGCUACUAAACUUGACCAUAAGAAAGUGUCAGAGAACAGCAAAGUUAUCACUGGCUCAGAAAGGUCACCUCACAUUCAUGGUGUCAGAAGUCAGCAUUUCACAUUCAUGGCAAACUAUGAUAAUGCUGAUUAUGAUGAUGAUCUGUAUCUGAGCAAUGAAAAAACGAUCGCAGAUGAACAUCUGGAGGCUCUUCUGAGUCAAGAGAAAGCCAAUAGCAUGCCAACAGAAGAUCUUAGCAACCUGUAUCAAAUUCAGUGUGCCAAAGGAAUUCCUGUGCACGAGUCAAUUGAACAGAGGGCAGCCAGGAUCCUGGGCAUUGCUGUCCCAGCUGAAUCCUUGGUUAUCGGUCAAGAUGGUUUCAGACAGGAUCAGGAAAAUGAGCACGGUGACAAACCGAGUGAGGAAAAGGCUCAAUUUGUUAUGCAAACCUUGAAAAUAAGGCCAAAUGAAGAGACACAGCAUGUGAGUAGAGUGUAUGAGCAAGUGAUCGAGACAUCAGCCCACACCCACCAACUGAUGGAGAAGAAUGAUACUGCUAUUCGGGAAGACCAUGGCGCUACAGGAGAUAAGUCCAGUAAGGAGAGUCAUACUGCUUCUUUAGUGUUAGAUUUACCCGAGUUUCCACCCAAUAACCUGCGUUUAUCACUGCCAGCGACUGAAGAUGAAGACCUGACUUUAAGUGUGUUUGGAGGUGAGAAAAAGGUUACGCCUGCUGCAGACAUGUCUGAAGGCCAACCGGCCAAGUGCAUCGUAUACCACCCAUCUUCUGUGCGCAGAAAUGAAGAAAUGUCUGCAGAGCGCAUUAAUCCUGUCGUGGAAGAUGACUCAAUGUCAUGCGUCAGCGGUUCCAAAAAAGAGGUCCAGAAAGGGAGGGGAGAAGAGGAAAUAGGCAAGGAAAGAACCAAAAAUAGAGUUCAAGAGGACAACGUACUAGAAGGAGAAGAGAAGCAAUUUGUGAUGAAUGAAAUGAGAUUAAAUGAGUGGCAAGCCGCUUGGGAGAAAAAGAUAGACGAGGACGUUGAUAGAAAGACGGACGAGGAGGAAGAGGCAGAAGAAGAAAUCGGGGGAAGAACGAUACAGUCACCACAGUCCACGGGCUGCUCAGUCUCAGUCCCUCAGUCACGCAGUGGAACAGUGGUCAAGAGAGAAAUCACACUCCCGGACCCCUUUAUUAUGACCACUGAUUCCGAUUCACUCGAGGAUGAUGACGUUCAGUCUGUUUCAGACUCUUAUGAUCCUAGUCGAGUUGAGAGGGUGUAAACUUGGACAUUGGCACAGCAUCUCAGACUGCCCACACUGUCCUGUCCUGUCACUGUGACCUGGCUGGGAAAUCAGUCAAAUCUUUCACUUUUCUUUUUAACUUCAUUUUGUUGUUGUUGUUGUUGUUGUUCUAAACAAAACACAUUAACAAAAAAAAAAACGCAUGUGGAAAGCCCGCUUUCCUCAUGUUAUGCAUCUUUUUUUAUACCAUUUUAUUUUUAAUAAAACAAGAAUGAUUCUGUUCAUACAAAGCUGUUGAGAAGAAUAUAACCUGGAAAUGAAUAUGUAUUACAUUUAAAGGCUGUAAAUAGUUUUAUCUGCACCAGCACAUCUUGAUAGAUUGUUUGUUAGAUUUUCACCGAACACCUUUAUAGAGCAACUAAAAUAAAAUAUACAACAUGCCAGCUUGGACUUUUCAUCUCUUGUAAUAUAAGCAGUGACAAGUCACAAAUUUAUCAACUGAAACAAAGUUUGAUUAUAAGUCUUCCAGUUAAAAAAAACAAAAACACAUGCAGGCGUGAGUGAAUAUUUAAUGUCUCAUCCAUUAUCACCCUACAGCAAUGUACUCGAUAACAAAGAGCACAACUGAAUGUUGUAUUUCGACAGCUGAUAUAUUCAAGUCAGUGUGUCCAUGUAGCCGUAAUUAUGUCAUAUUGUAGCCGUAAUUAUGUCAUAUUAACUGCCUGUCAUUUUUCAAGCAUGUACGGCCUUUCAGUUUACGCUUGUUUUCGAGAUCAUAUCCGAAACGUACGCUUGUAAUUAUCAGUAACCAGCAGAAAAUAUAUUAUUUCAGAGAUGCAAAAACUUAACAAAUGUGUAUUUAUUUUUAGCGAGCAAUCCUCAGACUGUACAAUAGCAAAUGCAACAUUAUAAAAGUACUUGACAUUUAAUCGUGCAAUUCUAUUUGCUUGAUUACAAUCAUUUUGCAAAUGUCACAUGUGAGCGUGUGUCAUUUCCUGCAGAGUCUGUGCAGUAAAUGAGCUUUCGGAUGAUGGUGUGCCUUUGGACGCAGAAAUGUCGAAAUGUAUUAUGUGUCGUUUGUAUAUUUCAUAUGUCACUACAUCUUGCUCGACAAGUUAGAGUAUUGUUAUUAAUAACUGUCGUGCAUGCACAAUGUAGGCUCCACCUGAAGUUCUCCCAUUAGACUACCAUCAGUAUUAGCAAUUCAUUAACACUGUUAUUAAUGUUAUAUGCGAGUAACAUGAGGAACAGUUACAUGGGAACUUCAAUAUGAUAUAACACACUGUCAUAAAUAUUAAGGUCAUUUGGAGCACUCAGGCCAUGCUCUAUAGAUGUUUAAUCUAAUAUCUAUAAGCAUAUGGGGUGGUUGGGGAGAAAGGAGUCAUAUAUACAUUUAACAGCAAGUGGCCAAUGUCAUCAGUGUUUAGGUUUAGAACCUAAACGUCUAUGGUGUUGCUAAAAUAUAUUUGUCUUAAUAAUCCUCUCUAUUUUCAUACAGAAAGUGUGUGUGUGUGUGUGUAUUUCUUCUUGUGUAAGCCACUGUUGCUGUGUGUAGAUGAAUUAUUCUGUGUCAGCAUGUAUCAUGGGUAAAACUGGGGCUUAGGGUUUUGCAUAUUAUUGUAUUUGGUACUAUAUCAUAAAAAUCAUUAUAUUUCAAAAUGCAUAUAUGUAUCUUCCGAAAGAAAGCAUUGAUAUUUAAAAUAAAAAACAUUAUUUUUUAGAGUAUUUUAACGAAGGAAAGUGUUUAUUAUAUAGGCACAUAUUCGAAGCAACUGGUUUUAAACACAGUGUUGGGAGAGUGCUUUCUUUGUACAUUUCAACAAAAUAUGAAUUAAUAAACUGUUUGCAUGGA